UCGCUGUCUCAGCCUCACGUUAUUCUCUCCCUUCAGAUAUACACAGGCACAGAGAGAGCGAGAGAGAGAGAGAGAGGGAGAGAGAGAGAGAGGGAGAGAGAGAAUGGGAACCAUAUCGGCAGCUCCCGGAGCUACUGUCUUCAUCGGCCAUCUCCGCCGCCGCAGCUGCCUGGGUCUGUGCGAUCGCCAUCGCGAGAGUAUGCCGGCGGUUUCCUCUUUACAACUGCCGUGGCCGACGCGUCGGAGGUGGCUCUACGUACCGGAUAAGAGGUUGAAAAGAGAGCUUCUGAGGCUAGAGUUCGUCGCCGGAGCGGCCGAUUCGACGAGCUCUUCUCCUUCAGUGGCUGCUGGAGAUAAAACCCUAAUUCCCGAUGACGAAUUUUCUAUCGCUAAGGUCUCAUUUGGUGUGAUUGGGCUAGGGCUCGGGGUUUCGCUCCUUUCAUAUGGUUUUGGGGCCUAUUUCAAUAUCCUUCCAGGAUCUGAAUGGUCUGCAUUGAUGCUUACAUAUGGCUUUCCCCUCGCCAUUAUCGGUAUGGCUCUCAAGUAUGCAGAACUCAAACCAGUUCCAUGCUUGAGCUAUUCAGAUGCUGUAAAGCUAAGGGAAAGAUACGCAACUUCGAUCUUAAAACAGGUCAGGAGUGAUGUUACAAGAUACCGUUAUGGAGACGAGCAACAUCUAGACGAAGCCCUAAAACGAAUUUUUCAAUACGGUUUGGGUGGAGGAAUCCCCCGGCGAAAUGCACCUAUCUUACAAAUGAUCAAGGAAGAGGUCACGCCCGAUGGUAAGUACUGCCUUGUCCUCAUAUUCGAGGCCAAGGCUCUCAAGCUGUCAGAUUUCGAGCAACGUCAGGCGAAAUUUGCUUCCUUCUUUGGACCGGAUAUCGCAGCAGAAGUCGGUAAAGGAGAAAGUGAGGGUCUCUAUGAGGUAAGACUGAUAUCAAACCUCAACGCCAACCCUCCAUCUUCUUCCUCUUGAACGGCGUCGUUUUAAGGUCUUUUUUAUUUUUUAAGAUUUUGUUCUAUGUUUCAUCAUUAUGUACAUAAUAUAAUAUUGAUUUUGCUUCACUGUAACCUACAUACAUACAUACAUACGCCAUAAUUGCUUUUCUUUUUU